AUGGAUGCUGCUAUAGACACUAUAUAUAGUGAUUCAUAUCCACUUCAUUGUAUUUAUCAUAUUUCUCAAAAUCUUAUACGUAAUCUUAAGGCACCUCUUGAUAAUAAGUAUAAUAACUUCGCAAAAGAUUUUUUUUUAUGUCGAAAUGAUCUUUCUCCUGCUGGAUUUGAAAAACAAUGGUGUAAACUUAUUGCUAUAUAUUCUAAUGCAGCUAAAUACCUUAAUUCUGAGCUUUAUCCUAGUAAGGAAAGGUGGGCCAAAGCAUACACAACAAAAUUCUUCACAGCUGGCAUUUCAUCAACAUCAUGUGUAGAAAGUGAAACUCAUGCUCAGUUGAGUAGUGCUUCUGCUGAAUGCUUUCCUGAAAUAGAUUGUAUUCUUAAAGAAUACCUUACUGAGAAAAUACUUUCUCAGCAAAAACAUAAAAUUACACAAUCACUUUAUUAUUAUACAAUUGUAGAAAACAAUAAAUUACAUAAUGACAAAUCUACUGAGGAAGGUUAUGAUACGCAGCAAAUUCACUUGACUUCUCUUCUUGAGGAUAUUCCUUCAGAUAACAUUAUCAAAAUAUAUAGAAUUCAACGACGCCAUUGCAUUCAUAUUAAUUUUGUUGUUCUCCUUACUAAUUAUUCACAUUUAUAUACAUGCAUGUUACUUGUUAACUGA